AUGAACGGAGGAACGCAGUUCUACUUCAUCGCCGUGGCCUACGGCCAUCUCUUCUCCGGCACCGCCGGUGGCUCCGGCGGUGACGAGCCGAGCCACCCAUGGCACCCCAAGUCGGCGCACGAGGCCGACGCCGCCCCAGCCCCGCGCAGGAAGCCCGCGUCCCGCAAGAACGACCCCGGGGAGGGGCCCUACCCGUGCCCCGUCUGCGUCCGCCGCUUUCACUCCGAGAAGGCGGCCCACGGCCACAUGCGCAGCCACCCGAACCGACCCUGGCGUGGCAUGGAGGCGCCGCGCGAGCCGGAUCCGGCGGCCGCGGACGGGAAGCUGUACCCCUACCAGUGCGAGCACUGCGGUGCCCCGUUCAAGACGCGCCAGGGGCUGGGUGGCCACCGCGCGAGCCACAACGGCAAGAAGGGCUGCUUCUGGCUCUCCCAGAACAACGCCGUGGCAGCUGAACCGAGGCCCGUGUUGGAUGUCGACCUGAAUGACCCGGUGCUGGAGCAGGAGGAGGAGGAGGAGGAGGAGGAGUAG